UAAGGUGUUUAUUUUCGUGUCUAAUUAAAUGUAUCACAUUGUUUUGUUUAUGACAUUACUCGAAUUACUAGGCAUCGAAUUUGCAUAGGGUUUUGUGAUUGGGGGCUAUGCAUCUUCUCUUGCAAACAAACAUAAAACAUGUAUAAAAUGUAUUACAUAUAAUACGAAUACUAUCGAUGUAUCUCGCCCCUCCUUGACACCGCUCGUCCUGGUCGCGUAAAAUCAUCAUGGCAAUCAUAAUUGAGACAAUCACAACAUCGUUUGUUCGCCGGCUGGGUUAGGUGGUUUGUUCUCUUCUCCUUUUUUUUGCUCCACAGGCUCUUCUGCUCAGUGAUCGUGGUCAUGGUCCGGUUCGGUCCCUCCACCGUGGCUAUGUCCGUGAUCGUGGCUGUGUCCGGCUGCGAAACACAAAAAGGAGCGUGCGAUGAACCGUGCCCGGUGCCGCCAAAACAUUACGCCGAGCUUGGCUGCAAACCAAUCCUCGAGGAAGGUCAGUGCUGCCCGAAAAGAUACCAGUGUCCCGAGUUGACCGAUCGCGAUGGAAACAAAUGCUACUUCAAUGGCAACAUUUAUCCGGCCGGCGCCAAGCUAGCCCCGGCCGAACAGGAAAUUCACUCCUGCUCGCCUGCCUGCUUCUGCUCCAACCACACCGCACCGGCAACGUUCCGCUGCGCCAGCAUCGAUUGUUUCGAGUUUUUCGAACCAACCAAAGAGGACUGCAUCCACCAGUACACGCUGCACGGGUGCUGCGCGGAAAAGAGCGUUUGCGGUGCGGACAAGCUGGCCAAGCUCGCCCAGUGCUAUCUGGACGGCCGGCAGUAUUACGAGGGCCAGCGGAUGUACCCGAAGGAGGAGUCGUGCAAGUUUUGCUACUGCAAGCCCGGCUUCGACAACAGCACGGUCGGGGCGGACAAUCCGAACUGCUACGAGACGCAGUGCGGGCUGGAGCUGCACGCCGGCGACCGGAUCGCGAUGGGCUGCAUACCGAUCUACUUCGGCAACCAUCGGUGCUGCCCGAUCUCGUGGAAGUGCCCAUCCGACAGCGAUGAGGUGAUUGUCGAGGGACGUAUCGAGCAGGACGAUGACGCCCAGCCCGAACCGGCCAUGCAGUGUAAGUUCGGCAAGCUGACGCUGAACAAAGGGGACGGCGUGAGCAGCGACGACAAGUGCGUGGAGUGCAAGUGCACGGUACCACCGCUAGCCCACUGUAUCCAGCGGGAGGAUUGCUAGAGCGGAACGGGGGCCACGAUUAGUGUUAGGUUGUUUUUUAAAGUAAUUAUUUAAAUUUUGUCACCAGAGAGAACGCGAGGAAGAGAAAAAAAAGAAGAGAAGAGAAGGGAAGAGUAGAGCGUCGAACAUCAUGUACUUAAUAAGCGCGGCGUGAAGGCUGUGUGGAGUUUUUUUUUUGUUUCGAAUAAACCAAGCUCGUUUUAAGUAGCCUGUAAUUAAA